CAGUGUUUGGGCUCGUGCCACGCGGCGCUCUGGCUCGGCGGCGGGUUUGGGCGGCGGCGACGGCAGGACACGACUCGUAUUUUGUGAUUGUCGCGGCGCCCCGCGGCCAGGGGCGUGCAGUGCGCCAUAACAGCUGUCAGCACCAUGUCCCGCUUUGAAGUGAAGGAGGUGUCCGAGGAAGAUGGGUGUGAUGAGUUGGGGUUCCGCUUGGAGGACGAGUUAAACCGAAGUAUUGGGAAAAUGAGGGAGGAGGAAGCGUCGGGAUUGUCAUCAGCUUCACCACCAUCAGCACAGGAAGAAGAACCAGAGAAAGAAGUCAUCAAUGUCCAUGUGGAGAAACUUAUUAGCCUCAGUGACUCCACAUGCAGCAGUGAAGGUCCAUCAGCCAAUGCCACCCCCAAACCCUGCAGCAGCUCGUCUCCUGUCUCCCCUGCAGAGCUCCUGCAGGAUGUGGAGAUGCCCAUUUGGGACACUGAGGCAUCGAAGCUGUCCUCAGCCUCCCCCGCCACACCACACCAUGCCAAUAUGGCCACAUCACAGCAGACAGGGGCUUCACAGCAGGCACAGAGAGGGAGCACCACACAGAGUCACCCCCAAACAGCUAUUCUAGUGGCAACAAGUCCAUUUUCUUCAGACGACACCAAUCUGAGUGAUUCUGUGUUUGAGAAGGAACAACACAAGGGUAGUUCCCCACAUUCUUUUUUUGAGCUUCUGCAGGAUUGUGAGAUGCCCAGCUGCAACAUGAGCUCCUGUGAACUCUCUAGGCUGCUGUCUUUCCCUUCCACCUCCCCCAGCAGUGCUUCUAGCAAGCAUGGCACCGAGACCCUUUCCUCAAGUGCCAUCAUGUCAGAGGCCAUAUCGGUGCUGGCAGAGUUAGAGAGAGCCACAGCCAAUAUGACCUCCUCCCCAGACUCGCCUGGUCGUCGCAUGACUGUACAUCCCCUUGAUAUGGAGGGGAUCAAUGACAGCCUUCUCAGCUCCCCCUUCCGGCACCCGUCCCAGAACCUGGUUCCCCAAGACCUGUCACUGCCAUCCUCCAGUAAAAGAGAAGGAAACACUGAGCCACAAAGUAGCAACACAGCCAUGAAGGAAAACACAAUAGUGAUGACCGAGCCAGUUGGAGUCAAAAGUGAGCUGAGCACUGUUGCUGACAAGGAUUCUUUGGCCUCUAAAACAACAACUAAAGGAUGUCUGGAGAGUGAGAACUAUGCAUCCACUGAAACUGAUCAAACUCCUUCCUCCAGUGAACAACCAGUGAUUGAGGAAGAGGCAGCUGUCAGCUUGACAAAUGACCUUAAAAAAAGUCCAUCAGAGACCAAUAUAGUUGUCAAUACCACAUUUGAUUUCAAAAUGUCAUUAGGGAAGGAAAAUGCAGCUGCAAACACUACUUUUGACUUCAAACAACCAACAAAAAAGGAAAAUCCAUCUGUUGAUUCAACUUUCGUCAUGUUAGGGAAAGAAAAUCCAGCUGCCAACACUACUUUUGAUUGCAAGAAAGUGUCAGAAAAAGAGAAUCCAGUUGUUAAUACUACUUUUGACUCGAACAGACCCCCAGCAGAAUGGGCAAACCAACAAGUCAACACUACAUUUGACUGUAAAAGACCAGCAACAGGAGAGAACCAAGCAGCCAACUCAACCUUCAACACUGACAACAGGCCAACAGGAGUGGAAGCUCAUCAAGCAGCAGUGAAUACCACAUUUGACUAUAAUCAAGAUAGGAACGAAGUGAACAGUACAUUCACCACUACACAAAAACAGAACUCUGAACCAUCCUCUUCCUCCCACAACAAAACUAAUGAACUCAACGUGACAUUUGAAAAAGGAGAAUACCGCAUCGGAGACCAGAAUGAGACUGUUAACCUGAUGGACGUCGAGGAGAACGUUCUGCAAGUGAUCCUGGAUGCCACACCAAAGAAGGUUUGCCGCCAAGUCCCCAAAGCUGCCUCCACACCAAAGACCUCUGGACACCACACAAAGCCUCAUCUGAAGGCAGGGCUCACCAAGGCCUCACCCAUGAACAUCCUCCACCGCCUGUUGGAAGGGACCAAGCAGGAAGCUCACCAGGAGCUGCCCUCCACCUCAGCCACUACCACCACAGCUCUACCAUCUUUACCAACCAGCUUGAAGUUUGGGAAUGGGCAGCAGCAGCGGCGGCAGAAUGGGUCAGGGGUGGUGCGUCCUGGCCCCAUGAAGGCUCUGCCCCUCAGCACUCUGGUCACCAAUGCUGCUCACCUGCAGGAACAAUUCAAGAGUGCUGCUACUGGCAGUGGAGACGAGCACUCUGGGGGCAGCACCAGUAGCAUGAAAGGAACACUAGCACAGAGGAGGAGGGGCAUAGCAAUACCUUCAUUUGGAUCCAUCAGCAGCAUUGAAAAUGAUGACAUGUCAGGCACACCAGACGGUGUCAUCAACCACAACACAAGCAUAUCAAGUCCUGAAACUUUUCGAAUGGAUGUGUUGUCAUGUAGGCCUCGCAUCACCAGCACCCCAACCUUUGGCAGUCACAGGAUCUUCCCAGAUGUGAUGGAGAUGGAUGGAGCCAUUCCAACACCUAUAUCGCAGGUCUCCUCCAGACCACGCUUCUCUGAGCUAAUUAGCUCCUCUUGCCCAGGGUCAUCCAAUGGGAGCCUAGAGAAGGAGGAAGUAACUAAGAAGUCCUCCAGUGAUGGUUCUACAGACAAGAACCUUCCUGAACAGCCUUCUCCAGCAGAUACAGAAGUCCCUCAACCCUCUCAGUCAUCCUCCACACACCCACUCCCUACAUCUACCCUUCAGCCAUCCUCUGCUGAGCCAAUUUUUCCAUCAAAUUCUCAGCAACACGCUGUUGAGCCAGUUUUGCCAUCAACCGUGCAGCUACCUUCUUCUCGGUUAUCUCAGUCAUCCUCUCUACACCCACCUCAGUCAUCUGGUCUAUCAUCCUCUUGGCCUUCUCAGUCAGCCUCCUGUCUGCCAUCUCGGCUAUCAACUUCACAACCACCUCAGCCAUCAACUCCCAGUCCUCCCGAGCAGCUUCAAGUAGAGGAUGACACCACCAAAAACAGUAAGGAGUGUGAGGAACAGAAACUAGAUAUCUGUGAAAAGAAGCUUGGUGCAGCACCAACGUCGGUGCCACAAAUAACACAAGCACCUGUUCCACAGACAGUUUUAAAUGUAACAGUGACAACAGAACAGCAAUCAGUUCCAUCAGUGAUAGAAAUACAACCACCAGCACCACUUUCACCGUCAGCACAGCCAUCAUCACUGCUACCUUCCCCACCAGGAACAACAACAUUAGGAUCUACUACUGGUUCUGUUACUGUUAUGCAGUCUUCAUCUUCAUUGCUGCCACCACCAACAACAAAUACAACAGUUCAGCCAUCAUCAUCUCCAUCAUCACCACAUGCAACUACAAGAAAACCAAAGAUGGCUGUUAAUAAUAAGGUCAGCCAAACCAAGUCAAAGAAGAGUACACUGGCUUUGCCAUCUUCAACAAAAACUGCAAUGUCAACAGGAGGAAGAGCAGGAGCGGAGAAGGAUGGAAAACUGAAAAGGCAAAGUAAUGUUCAAAAGCCUUUAAACACCAGAGGCAAGCAAGCACAACCAAUGAGCAACUCAGUAGACAAAGAAAACAGAAGGAAAAGUGGUACAGUAGUCAACAAACAAACUCCAUCAUCACCAUCUCAAAAAGGGACUGAGGGGCAGCCACCACAGCGAGUACCACUGACCAAGAGAAAUCCAUCUCCAAGACUAAUCCUCAAGCCCUCCAACACUAAUAUAAAGGAAACUAUCAAUAAACAUAAGUUCACCAACAGACCUCUUACCACUAAAGAUGCCCCCAUGAAAGCUGUGCCACAAAUUGGAAUUGUUGGAACUGUGAAGGCUGUGAAAAGCAUUCCAGAGGUACAAAUUGAUGAAGCUGGGAGCACCAAGGGUAAAGGUGUUGUCAGAAAGCAGUCACCUGAGCCCCAUAGAGGUUUGUCUAGAACCCUUUCUGGCUCUAAGCUGCCAAGAAAUGAAAGUGCACCAGGGACCACCAAACCACCUCAGAAAACAUUAUCGAAUCACUCAAAAAAGCUGCGAUCCCCUCUAAAGAGAUCAGAAGCAGAAGUGGUGAGUAGAUCCAAGCUACCGAACACAAGUGGCAGGACAAUCCCAGUCACCCAUUCCUCAAAGAACCCUUCUGCAGCGCCCCAGAUCAAGGCCAAUUUACCGGUGAGGAGUGGUGAGGCACUGCGACGAAAACCUUCGUUAUUGAAGACCCCAAAGCCAGUUGUCUAAUUAUGACUAACGUAUUUUAUGUAUUUUCAUUUUUAUGUUCAACCCUUUCCAUCCGUGACGCAGACGUCGGCGUCACAGUAUGGAAAGGGUCAAGAGGAAAUGGAAGAGGAUUAAUCCUCUUCUAAACCUCUCAAUCCUCCUCUAAAUUCCUCUUAAUCCUCUUACAUUUCCUCUUAAGAGAUUUAGAAGAGGAAAUGGAAGAGGAUUAAGAGGUUUAGAAGAGGACUAACCCUUUACAUACGGUGACGCCAUUGGACGCCCAUCGGCGUUGCUGGAGUGAAGGGGUUAAUCACUGCUGGUACAUAGCUUUUUACUGUAAAGUAUUGUUUAUCUGAUGCUCUUUUGUUAGGAACCUUAGGUUUUAAUCACAUUUUAGGCAUAAUUAGCUUACUUUGAUUUUGAUGCUCUUGGUGUUUGUUAGAGCUUUCUUAUUGUAAAAACAGUAAUGAUGAUGAUGAUACUCUUGAGUAAAAGUUCACAUUAAAGUUUUUAAUAUUUUAUACAGUUCAGAAUCAACUGAAGCAUUAUGGAGAUAAUUAAUCAUGAAGUUGCUGACCCUGGACAAGAACAAGGUUUGGUUCUCAGACUGGUUGUAUUUCAGGC